CUCCUCAUUUUGCAGCUUUUUCUACCCCCUAUUUAGAAGACACGAUGGCGAAUGCUGCAUCCGGAAUGGCAGUGCAAGAUGAGUGCAAGCUGAAAUUUCUGGAAUUAAAAGCUAAAAGAAACCACCGUUACAUUAUCUUCAGGAUUGAGGGUCAGCAGGUUGCGGUGGAUAAACUUGGCAGUCCCGGCGACACCUACGACGAUUUCACAGCCGCUUUGCCGGCUAAUGAGUGUCGUUAUGCUGUCUACGACUUUGACUUCACCACAGAUGAAAAUGUCCAAAAGAGCAAGAUUUUCUUUAUUGCAUGGUCACCAGAUACCUCAAAAGUGAGAAUGAAGAUGGUGUACGCAAGUUCAAAGGACAGAUUUAAGCGGGAGCUGGAUGGAAUUCAAGUUGAAUUGCAAGCAACGGAUCCAAGUGAAAUGAGCCUUGACAUUGUAAAAGCUCGCGCAAUUUGAAUAUAUACUUCUUCAACAAAAUUCACAAUUUACGGUUUGUAUUAUUUUCAAUUUUGGCAGUACCUAUUCACUUUGGAUUUUGGUCAAAAUUUGUAUUCUCUUUUUCUAACAUAGGUAGAUAAAAUUAUAUAUAAAUAAGAUUAGUUUUUGUAGUGUCAAAGACCACCAAAUUAAUUCCCCUUUUAUUUACUUGUCAUGGUACAAGAUGGGUAAUUGUUUAUUCAU